CCCGCAGGCCACGCGGUUGCCCCGCUCAGGCCGCAGCUGCCCCGGCUCCGCCGGCAUCGCCCGCCCGGCAGCCGCAGGUGAGCGGGGAGCGGCAGCUCGCCCCGGCGGGGAAGGCGGGAGCCCCGGAGCGGGGAGAGCGCCGAGGGGCGAUGGCGGAGCCCGGGGACCCCCGGCAGGCUGGAGGGGUGGGGGAGGCCGGGGAGGAGCGGGCUCCGGGCCCCCCGAGGCUGGAAGGGGGGCGCUGCCUUGUGCAGCCGCGCUCGGGCAGCGGCACCAUCGAAGGCAGCGCGCCCAGCCCUUGUUCUCCCCCAGAGCAGCAUUUCCCACUCCCCAGCCUCGGCCCGAUGCAGCAGCAGCAGCAGCAGGAGGAGGAGGAGGGGGCGGCGAGGAAGAGGAAGAUGGCCCGGGAGCCCCAGGCAGAGCAGGAGCCGGGCGUGGAGAGCAGGGAGGAGAAAUGCCCGCGGCAGAACCUGCUGGAAGAGGCCCUUUGGAGCGGCUCCGCGGCGCAGGAACCCAACGGGGAGGAAAAGCCCCGGAGAUGCCUCGCGAGGAGGGGCUGCGAGCGCAGAUGGCGGGGAUCCCAGGGGGAAAGAGCCAGCCCGGGCCGGGGAGGCGGCCGGAGCUCGGAGCUGGGGCUCCACGAGCCGCUCCAGGAUGGGGAGAAGCCCCACGAGUGCUCGGAGUGCGGGAAGAGCUUCAGGCGGAGAUCCGAGCUGGUCGUCCACCAGAGGAUCCACAGCGGGGAGAGGCCGUACGCGUGUGGGGAGUGCGGGAAGGGCUUCAGGUCGAAGUCCAGCCUGAACGUCCACCAGAGGAUCCACACUGGGGAGAGGCCCUACAAAUGUCCCCAGUGUGGGAAGGGCUUCAGAGAGAGCUCCAGCCUGAACGUCCACCAGAGGAUCCACACCGGGGAGAAGCCGUACGCGUGUGGGGAGUGUGGGAAGAGCUUCAGUUCGGGAUCCCAACUGAAUGUCCACCAGAGGAUCCACACCGGGGAGAAGCCGUACGCGUGUGGGGAGUGUGGGAAGGGCUUCAGGUCGAAGUCCAGCCUGAACGUCCACCAGAGGAUCCACACCGGUGAGAGGCCCUACAAAUGUCCCCAGUGUGGGAAGAGCUUCAGAGAGAGCUCCAGCCUGAACGUCCACCAGAGGAGCCACACCGGGGAGAGGCCCUACAAGUGUGGGCAGUGUGGGAAGAGCUUCAGAGAGAGCUCCAGCCUGACUGUCCACCAGAGGGGCCACACCGGGGAGAGGCCCUACGAGUGCCAUCAGUGCCAGAAGAGGUUUGUGAGCAGCUCUGAGCUUCUCAAGCACCAGCGCGUUCACUCAGACGAGAGGCCCUUCCACUGCCCCGACUGCGGGAAGGGCUUCAACCGGAAGUCCGCCCUCACCAUCCACCGGCGCAUCCACGCCGGGGAGAGGCCCUACAAGUGUCCCCGGUGUGGGAAGAGCUUCAGCACACGCUCCAGCCUGAUUGUCCACCAGAGGAUCCACACCGGGGAGAGGCCCUACAAGUGUCCCCGGUGUGGGAAGAGCUUCAGCACACGCUCCAGCCUGAUCGUCCACCACAGCAUCCACACGGGAGAACGGCCCUACGAGUGCGGGCAGUGUGGGAAGAGCUUCAGGCAGAGCUCCCACCUGAUGGUCCACCAGAGGAUCCACACGGGGCAGCGGCGUGGAUCCACCCUGGGCCGGGGAGGUGGCCAGAGCUCGGAGCUGGGGGUCCACAAGCAGCUCCACGAUGGGGAGAAGCCAACCAAGUGCUCGGAAUGCGGGAAGAGCUUCAGUUGUAAAUCCUCCCUGCUCUACCACUCCAGAAUCCACACGGGGGAGAGGCCCUUCAAGUGUGGGCAGUGUGGGAAGGGCUUCGUUUCGAGCUCCGCGCUGGUCAAACACCGCAGGAUCCACACGGGGGAGAGGCCCUACAAGUGUGGGGAGUGUGGGAAGAGCUUCAGUUCGAGCUCCGCGCUGGUCAAACACCGCAGGAUCCACACGGGGGAGAGGCCCUACGAGUGUCCCCAGUGUGGGAAGGGCUUCAGGACGAGCACGUGCAUGAUGAAACACCGGAGGAGCCACACCGGGGAGAGGCCCUACGAGUGCGAUCAGUGCGGGAAGAGGUUUCACACCAGCCCUGGUCUCCUCAGGCACCAGCGCAUCCACACGGACGAGAGGCCCUUCCGCUGCCCCGACUGCGGGAAGGGCUUCAGGGCGAACUCCGCCCUCGUCACCCACCGGAGGAUCCACACCGGGGAGAGGCCCUACGAGUGUGGGGAGUGCGGGAAGAGCUUCAGCGAGAACUCCAGCCUGACUGUCCACCAGAGGAUCCACACCGGGGAGAGGCCCUACAAGUGUGGGCAGUGCCAGAAGAGGUUUGCGAGCAGCUCUGAGCUUCUCAAGCACCAGCGCGUUCACUCAGACGAGAGGCCCUUCCGCUGCCCCGACUGCGGGAAGGGCUUCAAGCACAACUCCGACCUCACCAUCCACCGGCGCGUCCACACCGGGGAGAGGCCCUACGAGUGUCCCCGGUGUGGGGAGAGCUUCAGCACACGCUCCAGCCUGAUUGUCCACCACAGCAUCCACACGGGAGAACGGCCCUACGAGUGCGGGCAGUGCGGGAAGAGCUUCAGCACAGGCUCCAGCCUGAUUGUCCACCAGAGGAGCCACAGCGAGGACAGUCCCUACCAGUGUGACCAGUGCCAGAGGAGGUUCCAGAGCAGCUCCGCUCUCCAGAGCCACUGGUGCACGCUCUCAGGGGAGAAGCCCUUCCGCUGCCCCGACUGCAAGAGGGGCUUCAAGCGCAGCUCCUACCUCGCCAAACACCGGCUCAGCCACGCCGGGGACAGGCCCCAGCCGUGUCCCCAGUGUGGGAAGAUCUUCACCAGGAGCUCCCUCCUGGCCAGGCACCAGUGGAAGCACCACUGAGGGCAUCCCCCGAGCGCGGGAAGAGCUCCGUGCGCCGCUCCAGCUCCGUCCCCCGCGGGAGGAUCCGCGCUGGAUGAUCCCCGGUGGGCAGAGCCCCGGUGAUCCGUGUUGGGAAGACACCUGCCUGGGGGGCUCCGUGUCCUCCCGGCUCCCCGUGGGCACCUGGGCACAUCCGCAGGCCAACAUCAGAAAUCCGUUGUGCGGAGAGCAGAUUUGUCAACUUUUGACCCUAGAAAAAACUCACUUUUUCCUUCUUGUGGUGGUCUUAAGCAACACUGGAUAGCCUUGGAGGUCUUCUCCAACAUAAAUCCAUCAUUUUGUUUCUCUCUGGCCCACGGGCAUCUUCCACGGCGAAAUGGAGUGGGAUUGGGGCAAAACCCACAAUUUUGGAGGCAGUGGGGUGGAAAACCCUCCAAAAAAGGUUCUUCCCGCCCGUCCAAGCACGUGGAUGCUCUGCCAGCGGGGACACGUUGAUCUGUUCGUUUUGGUUUCGGAAUGGAAAGGUUCCUGUUCAUCCCUUUGACAGCCCUGGAACUGGGAGAGAAAUAAAAACGUUGGUCUGA